GAAAAAGGGAAGCUACUCCAGGAUAAUUAGAUUAGAAAGAUGGCAAAGUAUUUCAGCCAGAAUGAUAUCGAUUUGUUUAAGGAGUGUUUUUUCUUUAUCGCGAAGCGAGGGUACACAACAAACGAGGAUGAGAUGGGAGUUAUAAUGAGAUCUCUAUCUUACAGUCCUACAGAGGAAGAAAUUCACAACUACUACCAGAAAUAUGUCAAAGAUGGGAAGGUAGAUUUUGCUUCGUUUUUGGAAGUCAUGCAUGAGCACAACACAAAGGAGAAUGCAAUGAGGGAAAUUACAAAUGCUUUUAGAGCACAUGACACAGAGGGUAAAGGUUAUGUACAGGUUAAUGAAGUGAAGAAUAUUUUGUUAAAUCUUGGAGAGAGGGUGUCACGCAGAGAAUUGGAAGCAUUGUUUAGAGAUGGUGGUGUUACUGGUGGUCAGAUCAGAUAUAGUGAAUUUAUAGAUAAUAUAGCCCAGCCAGUACCAGAUUAUUGAUAUGUUACAUCAUUCCAAAUAUUCAUCAUAUAAUAUAUUCACCUAGAUGUGAAACUAUACUUUAUCAUAUGUACUAUACUGUAUCAUAUGUUUUCUAUUUAUAGCAUAUAUGCAGUAACAAUAGAUUAUUGGUUAAAGCAGCAUGCCUCCAGAUUUAUGCUUAUUUUCAUGAAUUUUUUUAAUGUACAUGUAUAAGAAAGUAAAAUAUUGUCAUGUGAACAAAGAAGUAAUUUAAACAUCGCAAAUGGCAACAUGCAAAAAUAGCCCUUACUGCAUUAGUCAUGAUAAUACUAAAAAUGUAUGUAAAUUGUUUUCUAACAUAUAAAUUAUUUAUUGAAUUUUCCUUAAAAUCUUAGUACAAUUUCAUUUUUUUUUUCUUGAAAUAUUUGGCUCAUCUGGAUUCAUGCAGCUUUAAGAUGUUAUGAAACAUUUGUACAGAAAUUAUUUUACUUGUUUGUAAAUCAGAGCAAAUUUUGAUGAAAACUGAAUGACACAAAAUCUGUAUUGCAAAUUAAGCUGUGAUAAAAUUAUACAUAACUUUUUAAAAAGAAAUUAUAUUGUUCAAUAUUAUACAUAUGUAUUAAUAGACUACUUUGAAAGGAAAUUCCGUUAUUAAGUUACAUUGGACUAAAUGUAUUUUGAAUUGCAGAAUAUUUUUGGAUAUUUCUUAAAAAAGGUUUACUAGUAUUAUGCCAGUUGUGUUUAUAAUUACAUUUAAAACAAAAUCCAAAUUUUUGCUUCGAUUUUAUUAUGCAACUUGCCACUUGUAUGCAAAUUAGUUUGAGAAUUCUUGAAUAUUUUGUAAAAUAACUACUGCAAUCAUGAUUGUUUUCACAACACCCAUUUUUGUUUUCUAUGUAUACAGAUUAAGCAUGUCACCAUAUUCUGAAGGCAAACUUUUCUUAAGAAGUUUUGUCCAGCUUUUACUAUCUCUCUCUGUGUAUAAUGAAUAAUACCACACAUUUUUGUUAAUGUGUUAGAACAAGAAGGGUUAAAGGUCAUAUCACGACAAAAAAUUUGAAUUUACAUUAUGUCUGAUCACUGAACUACGUGAAAUCUGCACCAGUUUCUAUAGUUUAUGUUUUAAAUGAGCAGUAAAUACAUGUAUCAUGUGUUAAGGGGAUUGUUAACAUGCAUUGUCGUUUUCAUUAUUUUGAUUGACUAUGUUGAAUUGACUUUUUCACAUUCCCAAGUUAAAGUAAAAUAAUUUAUUACAUAAACCUGUACAAAUUUUGCUAUAUUUAUGAUACAUUUUACAUACAUUGUACUGAAUCAAAUAUUACAGAAAGAAAAUAUGUGUUAUACUUAUAGGAGUAUGAUAGAGUUUGAUACGGAAAGACGUUGCCAAUAAGUUAUUAUUAAAUAUGGUAUAAAUUUGCGAAGGUUUAUAAUAAAAGCAACAUUAUCAGUUUAUCUGGAUCGAUCAUUUUAAGAUUUAGCUCACAUGUAUUUUACAAGAAUAGAUCGCAUUCGGCGUUUCCGAGCUUCAUGAGAUCAGGUCAUAGUAAAAUUGACUUGAGUCAAAUACAAAUUUCAGGUCAAGAUACGCUUCAUUUAACAAUAUUUUAUCAUCAGGUUUGGAUUAAAUGAGUAGCUAAUAUAUAUAUUAUAAAAUUUUAUUUAUGAAUUGAUAAUCUUUUUUUCUUUUUUUUUUUUGAUUUCUUGAAUGAACUCUUGCAUAAUUUCAAUUUGGAGGCUAUCAAGUUUGUACUGUACUGUUGUUAUUUUUGCAUAGAUGUGCAGGCACACCUGCUCUAUACGGUUGUUCAUGGUUGUUUAUAUUUCAUUUCCUUCUAACUCUUAAAUCUGCAAAAACUUUAAUCAGAAAACUCUCAACAUUCCAGUUUGUGUUGAAAGACACUUUUUUAAAAUUUUAAUGAUUUCUUUUGUAGUUAUUUUUGUUGUUUGAAUAUUAUGUAUAUCAUACUUUUGAUGAAAGAAUAUACUUUAAUGUCUGA